CGCUCCGGCUCCGGCUCCCGCUCCGGCUCCGGCUCCGGCUCGCGCGCACCUCCCGGCCGGCCCGCGCGCCCGCUACCGUCGCCGUCGCCGUCGCCGCCCGUCGGAUACGCGGUCUCAUCAUGUCUUCGCCUCCCGAGGGGAAGCUGGAGACGAAAGCCGGACACCCGCCCGCCGUGAAAGCUGGCGGGAUGCGCAUCGUGCAGAAACACCCGCAUUCGGGAGACACCAAAGAAGAGAGAGACAAGGACGACCAGGAAUGGGAAAGCCCCAGCCCCCCCAAGCCGACCGUGUUCAUCUCAGGAGUGAUCGCCCGGGGCGACAAAGACUUCCCACCAGCAGCCGCCCAGGUGGCUCACCAGAAGCCCCACGCCUCCAUUGACAAGCAUCCUUCCCCGAGAACCCAGCACAUCCAGCAGCCUCGCAAGUGAACAGCGAGGACCGGCGCCUCCACCACCAGUGCCUCAAUUUCCCCACCUUUCCUAUUUCCCCGGCAAAGAUUUUCUUCAAGACACUGCUCCGCUGGGAAAUCUAAGACAAAGUCAAGUGCCCCUUCUUUUGCCUUAAAUUUCCAUAUCUGAAACUAAGAAGGAUCUGACCCCCACCUUGUGUCCAGGUGGUCCUGGUUGGUGGCAUUUGAGGAUCUUUGUAUCCCUGCAAGUGCCAUAAGCAGACCUCGCCAAGGCCUGAUGAGUCAGACAUUUCCAGAGCUCAGCUUUACUUCUGUGUCAGCAGUCAUCAAAGGCCCUACCUGUGGUCUUAAAAACAAGCGGGCACACAUUUGGGAGGACGGGAUUAAGGCUAGUGGGAAAGUCACCCAUUUCCUACUUUUUAGUAAUAGGACAACACGUCUUAACAGCAGGAGGGCAAGAGGGGUUUCAGGAAGGCAGGGUAGGGAAGGGUUUUGGUGCAAGUGGCACCAGCGUCCCUGAAUUCCUCUCCCUGUGUGACGGGGGCUCACUGCCCAAGGAGGCCCAGGUGCUCCUGGGAAAAGCCAAAGAGAAGCUCCCAUCUUUAAAUUGGCUCUAUAAUCACAGGAGCCAUAUUCUGGAAAAUUAGAAAUCUAGGCAGUCUGCCUGCAGGGAGCUUCUCCAGAAGGACAUCUGCCUCCUGAACCAGAGAGCCUCCACCAGGGACACCGGGCAAACCUGCGUUUCUCGUAAUCCUCUCUAGAGCUGCUUUUGAGUUCUAGAAGUGACCAACGACCCGGUGGAGGAACCAGCUUUCCUGGUUCUGGGACACUAUAGCAAGCCCACUGCAUGCAUGCAAAGACGGAUGAAAACCUGCCCCGUUGUCUCCCCAGAGAAAAGCAGAAACACCACAUUCCAUUUGAGCUAGAAAACACCUGUCAGUCCAGCUGAAUUCCUUCUGCCCAAGCGCAGGUUUGCCUGGGCCCGCAUUCACCGGGGCGCAUCCGAUUGUCCUCUGCUUUCGGCACGUCCUUCCGGCGUGGAGCUGCCUAGACUGCUCCCUGGCUCACCGCUCUAGAGCGCUUUAUUUUUCUGAAAAGCCAACGGGCUGGUGUGCUCAGAGGCUGCAGAUGCUCCUGGAGCAGGUACGGCCCCGACGCGCCACGCACCGGCGGUCAUACUCGCGGCAGGUGGCAGUGGCGCUUUGAGCACCUUACACACACCGCCAGCCUCGCUGACGUCCUUAUCAGGUCCGCGGCUGCCAACCCGCAAAAGUGACGCAGACCUAAUGAGACCCACCUCUCACCCUUCCCCGAGGGAGAAGCAGCACGGCUGCACAUUGCAGAGGCAGUGCUGGGUUUCCCUUCUCACUGAUUUGCUGGGGGGCAGGGUCUACCCCUCAAGGCACCUGGUAGACACUGAGAUGUUGGUGUAACAUCUCACCAACUCUGGCUUGCAGAGUUGCAGACCUGGGGGGGCGGGGUGGGCAGGGGGCAGCGUGCCCUGGAGCGCAGCGAGCCAGCAGCCGCCCCGCUACCUCCUGAACUAGGUCAGGCCUGUGCCACCACCGUACCCUCCGCUACAGAAGUUCAGAUGCAUCCUUGAUACUUUUUAGUUUUGCAGCCUGGAGCGCCAUGCUGUUUCCCAAGGUACAUUUUCCAUGUCCUUCUAGCUGCUUCUGGCAUGUAUCCCUGGGCCCUAAAUCAUCACAUGCAAAAUAUUUUCUUGAAUGAGUUCAUCAGUUGUUAACCUCAAGGAUAAUAAUGAUUGUAAUAAAGCUCUUGCAUUUCCUUCUCA